GUCGGCGAAGACGACCCGUCUGCGGACGACAACCCUGUCGUUCUGCAGUUCGAGAUUGAACAGAUAGGAGCGCCGCGGUGGAAUUUGCAGACGUCGCCGAGUCAGAGUGUCCAAGAGCAGCCACGGCACUCUCAGAGCGCAUCUGCUCCAUCCUCGUGUUCGAGGAGGACAUGCCCUGACGAAUCGCAGAUGGCUACAGCCACCCACAUGUUCGGUGAUGGAGCUGAAGCUGCACACUUGAGACGCAGCCGCACGUCACCUGAGCUGGAUGCGAAGCUGCUGAGCCGCAGUGAGUUUUGCUUCGAUUUCCAGCUCCAUAGUGUGGCGCGAUGCAUAUCCUGCAAGGCGGAAGGCGGCGAGCUGUUUUUGAGCCCAUGCGAUCAACAGCAGUAUUGCAAGUGGUGUUGGAUUGCCGCUGAUUUCAACGAGUCGGGCGCGCCGCCAUCCAAGUGGCAGCCCUGGCCAUUGAUUGCCGUGCAAGUGGUAUGUGUGUGGCAUGCAGAGGAAUUGGCAGCUGCCUGGUCCGGCCGAGAACUGCCGAGAAUCCCACAAGCGCCACAAGCAUCCUGCAAUGCAGUCAGCGCUCCUGGAGCAACGAGCGAACCGGCUCCUUCGAAAGUCGACAUCGUGUCGAUAAUUCCUAUCCAUUUGCAGCCCGAUAUGGUCGGACCGCUUGCACGGGAAUGCCUGCAAUGGAGAGCUCAGCCAGGGCAACUUAUUCAGGACAGAUUUCGCAUCCUUCGUCACCUCGGGCGUGGUAGCUAUACUGAAGCAUAUCUUGCUGAAGACGUCAUGGGCGCGAGGAAGGUUUGCCUCAAGAGGCAUCAUAUGUUCGACGUCGAGGUGCUCGCUGAUCUGGUCGUUAUUGACCAGCGCCUGCAUGAGGUGGAUCCUGAAGGUUCUGCUUUUCCAAGACUUCUCGAGGUCAGCCUACGGCCUUUCUGGUCCCAGCCGGCACCGUCAGCCUUUUGUCUCAAGCCGGCAGUGCAGCAAGCCGCGAGCCUUCAUGGCUUCGCACAGCUCCAUGUCCUGGAACGUGACACCAGCAGCAAGCUCGGCUCCGUUGUCUCCGACACAGCAGGAGGCUUCGGCAGCUUCGCCAGCUUCACCCGCUGUGACUGUGAUGGACGCUCUGUCAGCAUCGCCGGCAUCCACAAUUCCAGGCAGGAAGACCAGGCAUGGCACCGCUGCAGUGCACUCAAGGAUUCGUUGACCCAGAGGGACUUCAGUCCAGAAGCACCAAGUGGCAGCAGUGGAGAGCUCCGGAUGGGUCUGCAGAGUCUUCUUCAGGAAGAGAAGAAGGCGACGGAAGAUCCAUAUUUGGAGAUGGAUGCGGCCAAGGAGAUCCUAGUGGAGUCACACGAGGAGCAGGUGGGCUAUUCUAUGGCGGAUGUGAGCGAGCAGAUCCGAUGCACCUUUUGGUUGCUGUAUUGCAUAUCGCUACUUCACUUCGUCCAAGAAGCGCAUCAGCAUCGUCAGCCAACGGUGACGAAUCAGGGCCUCAGCUUUGUCGCCAGACGACUGCUGUCUGGGAUCCAAGCGAGCUACGACCGCUUCCGAGGUCGCAAAGGCAAGGGCAAAACGCGGCUUGACAGCUAUCUCAAGCAAGAACGUGUCAUCCCUGAUCUAAUGACAGGAGAGGACAUCAAAGCCGUUGAAAUCCCGGCAGGUCAGCGACAGCAUUGGGAGCCAGAGAUUCCCACAGAGAAGGGAGACAGGCGUGCCUUCAGGGUGCAGAGAAAGACAGCCACACAGGAGGCUCUAAAGAAGCCGGCAGGUCUACUGAGCACGCCAAAAAUUCAGUGGAAUGCCGUCGACAGCUGCCUCCUUGACCUCCUCUGUUACAGGACUCCGCGCCUACGCCACCAGUGUGUUCGUGCCACCCAGAAGGGAAAAUUGUCCACAGAAAUCGAGCUGGGGUUGGUGCAUCUGUGCUGA